AUGCCAGUCACAUUGUUAGCUCAUAGAAUUCUUUUUGUCUUUGUUGUCUUCUUUACUGAUCAACUUUUCGGGUUUGACCGAAUCGUAAAUUUUAUUAGACAAAUUUCACGAAAUGAAGCAUCCGAAUGUGGGAUAUUUUUUAUCAGAAAAGCAAAACUAGGUGAAGCCAAGGAUGGAUUAAUACGCAACGUGGUGGUUAAUCAGAUUGGAGCCGUUGUACCAUAUUAUGGCGCUGAGUAUCUCGAAAGCGAGCAAAAUGUAAGCAAUCAGUUAUUGACCUACCCACCUAGCGCGAAUUUGAUGAGGAUGUCCCCCAUCUGUAAAUUGGCUGUCAUUUCUAUGGGAGACUCGCCAGAUGGAGUCGACAAAUUUCUGAGGGAAAUAAAAAAGAAAGUGUCACCAUUUUAUAUGCCGUUCGUUAGCCAGAAUACGGAUUAUUGGAUUUGGAUAUCAAGCAAUUUGGUAGAACUUGACCAGCUCUUACUAUCACCCGUGUUUCCAGAUCAAAUCAACUACAAGGUUGGCGUUGCACUCGAUCAAUCUGGAAAUUUGGUUAUACGCUCAGUCUGUUUCUUUUGUGAUAAUGGGAACCCAACCUUUCUAACUUAUUCAAACGUUCGUGAUCCCUUCACGUUUACAUAUUUUCCGGACUUCACGGAAAACCUUAACGGGAAGAUAAUCACGCUCUCCGUUCCCCGGAUUGUAUCACUCAUCGAGCAAGACCCCGAUAUCAAUGGUGGGAUUAGAAAUAUCAAGCGAGGCCGGCAUAAACAGCUUUUCAACGAUUACCUUACCUUGGCUUUAAACUUUACGUACCACGCAAUUCCAUCUACCGGCCAUGGGACGGGGGUCAGACUUGCAAAUGGGACGAUGAUUGGGACUAUGGGCGAUUUGAUGUCCGGCAAGGCAGAUAUUAGCGUGGUAACGGCAAGAUCUCGUAGUCGAACUUCUCUCGUCAGUUUUACCGACUCGACUUUCUUUCGUACCAACUUACAAAUUUUCACCAGCACGGGUUUACGCCUCUUCAGUCCAUCUGCAUUGCUAUGGUCGUUCGAUCCAUUGAUGUGGACUUGCAUAGGAGCGUCCACCCUUGUGUCGCUUCUUGUCUUCAAGAUGAUCACUGUCUCGCUCAACAUGUUGGGCAUGUCCGACGUGAUGUCCUACUCCCAUCGGGGCGUCAUUAGUACAAAUCCGUGGGGCAUCCGGCACCAAAUCUUCUUCGUCCUCACAACCUACCUCGAUCAGGACUGCGUCCUUCCGAGAUGUACACCGCUUCGCUGCAUGGCUGCGCUAUGGUUAUUUUUUACCCUUAUUAUCACCACGAUUUACAGAUCCAAGAUGGUCAGCCUGCUCGCCUUCCCGUUGUACGAAGACCUACCAGAAUCUUACGAAGAUCUCGUCAAUUCUGAUUAUACUUAUGCCUUUUUGCGGGAAGGCGACUCAGGCUGGGAUUUUCUGAGAGCAUCGACUCACCCCGUUUUCGUGAAGUUCGUCGCCAAUAUGGAAGUCAUUGGGGCAAAGGGUGGCUUGGAUUGCAUGCGAGGCGUCGUCACCAAACGCAAGUACGCUUGCAUCAUAUACUCGAUAAGUUCGCCGUAUGUGAUUGCCAGGAAUAUGUCGGACGCGGAAGCGAGGGACUUGGUCCUCGCCCCAGAGACGACGUACAUGGUCUUUGUCGGUAUCGCCCUUCAAGGUGGUUCCAUUUACAGGACGAAUUUAGACCGAUGGCUGAGCCGAAUACACCCCUUCCACUUGGAGGCCAUCUGGACAGCGCAAGACGAAUAUGAAACCAUUCGCUUGCCAAGAAUCAAGUGGUUGCAGGAAACUAACCAAACGGACGAGAUGACGCGUGAUCUUGAAGAAGUGAAUAAUCUAACUUUGAAACACAUUUUAGGUGCGUUUUACGCAUUAGCGGCAUGUCUCCUCAUUUCGUUGGUAUUAUUUCUACAUGAGCUGAUCAGGUUCCGGAUGAGGUGCUCAAAUUUCGGGGAAAUAAUCUUUCCACACGAGAAUAUUCAAAAAUCGAUGUGGAUACAAUGACAAAUUGUUAAUUUCGAAUAUUAAAAAAAUAUAUUUGAGCUUUGCAUUUUU